UUAGAAGCAAAGGCUCAGCAAAAGAAAUCCAAGAGGACAAACGCACAGGAAGACUUGAAAAAUCAAGACCAUCUGUUUCACACGGAAGAGCACAAUUACUUCGAAAGAGUGCAGAAAAGAUAGAGGAAAUUAUUAGUGAUAGCUCCUCAGAAAGUGAGGAAGAUGAAGAGCCACCUGACCAUCGUCAGGAAGCAAGUGCAGAUUUGCCAUCAGAAUAUUGGCAAAUUCAGAAGCUGGUGAAAUAUUUAAAGGGAGGAAAUCAGACAGCUACAGUGAUUGCGUUGUGUUCAAUGAGGGAUUUCAACUUAGCUCAAGAAACCUGCCAGUUGGCCAUCAGAGACGUUGGAGGCCUGGAAGUGCUGAUAAAUUUGCUUGAAACCGAUGAAGUCAAAUGUAAGAUUGGUUCAUUAAAAAUACUGAAGGAAAUCAGUGAUAAUCCUCAAAUCAGACGUAAUAUUGUUGACCUUGGGGGCUUACCAAUUAUGGUGAAUAUACUUGAUUCUCCACACAAGAGUCUGAAAUGUUUGGCAGCCGAGACUAUUGCGAAUGUCGCCAAGUUUAAAAGAGCACAGCGGGUAGUGAGGCAGCACGGGGGUAUCACCAAACUGGUUGCUCUACUGGACUGUGCACAUGAUUCCACAAAACCUGCCCAAUCGAGUCUGUAUGAGGCCAGAGAUGUGGAAGUGGCUCGCUGUGGGGCACUGGCCCUGUGGAGCUGCAGUAAGAGUCAUACGAAUAAAGAAGCCAUCCGCAAAGCUGGGGGCAUUCCUCUGUUGGCUCGGCUGCUGAAGACUUCUCAUGAAAAUAUGCUGAUUCCGGUGGUGGGGACAUUGCAAGAGUGUGCAUCAGAGGAAAACUACCGGGCUGCAAUCAAAGCAGAAAGGAUCAUUGAAAACCUUGUCAAGAACCUAAGUAGUGAGAAUGAGGAGCUGCAGGAGCACUGCGCCAUGGCCAUUUACCAGUGUGCUGAAGAUAAGGAAACCCGGGACCUCGUUAGGCUGCACGGAGGACUUAAGCCCUUGGCCAGUCUACUCAAUAACACUGACAAUAAAGAGAGGUUAGCUGCUGUCACAGGGGCAAUAUGGAAAUGUUCCAUCAGCAAAGAGAAUGUGACCAAGUUUCGGGAAUACAAAGUCAUUGAAACCUUGGUGGGACUUUCAACAGAUCAGCCUGAAGAAGUACUUGUGAAUGUGGUUGGGGCCUUGGGAGAAUGCUGCCAAGAACAUGAAAACCGUGUCAUUGUCCGGAAAUGUGGUGGCAUUCAACCACUUGUGAACCUCCUUGUUGGAAUCAACCAAGCUCUUCUUGUGAAUGUUACAAAAGCAGUUGGUGCUUGUGCAGUAGAACCUGAAAGUAUGAUCAUAAUUGAUCGCUUAGAUGGAGUUCGUUUGUUGUGGUCCCUGCUGAAAAAUCCUCACCCAGACGUGAAGGCCAGCGCAGCGUGGGCACUCUGUCCAUGCAUCGAAAAUGCAAAGGAUGCUGGGGAAAUGGUUCGUUCCUUUGUCGGUGGUUUGGAACUUAUUGUCAAUUUACUGAAAUCAGAUAACAAAGAAGUCUUGGCAAGUGUAUGUGCUGCCAUUACCAACAUAGCAAAAGAUCAAGAAAAUUUAGCUGUUAUUACAGAUCAUGGAGUUGUUCCUUUGUUGUCCAAGCUGGCAAAUACGAAUAACAAUAAAUUGAGACAUCAUCUAGCAGAAGCUAUUUCACGUUGCUGUAUGUGGGGCAGGAAUAGAGUGGCCUUCGGUGAGCACAAAGCAGUGGCUCCACUAGUGCGUUACCUGAAAUCGAAUGACACCAACGUGCAUCGGGCGACAGCUCAGGCCUUGUACCAACUCUCAGAAGAUGCUGAUAACUGCAUCACCAUGCAUGAGAAUGGUGCAGUAAAGCUUCUACUGGAUAUGGUUGGGUCCCCUGACCAGGAUCUCCAGGAAGCUGCAGCUGGUUGUAUAUCCAAUAUCCGCAGGCUGGCUCUUGCUACAGAGAAGGCAAGGUACACUUGAAAUGGACAUUCAAGCUAUCAAAUUCUACAUGACACAGGACAUGUCACUCCCAUGGCCAGAAAGCCUAAAUUGGGAAACAUUUAUUAGCAAACCCUUUCAACCGUCUAAAUGAAAACACAUAAAUUGAAAAUGCACAGAAUGUUUUUCAUCUGAAAAUUGCAUAGAGACUUUUGUUUCCAUUUAAUGUUUUAGAGAUAUGGCAUGUAGUAAGAUGGAAAGCCAAUAAACCUCUGAUAAGUUUCUAAGAAUUUGAGAAUAUAUGUAUACAGUAUAUAUAGAGAGAGAGUUCAGUGAUGCUUUUGUAUUUGUGGUGAUUGUAAUAAAGGAUGUGGCCCUCCCAAUG